CUGUACAGGAAGUUCUUUUGUAGGCUCUAUAAAUACCUGGUCAAACAGACAGUAAUCUCUCUCCCUCUUCUUCAGAUUUCCACUGCACGCCUUGGAUCCAUGCUCCUAAUCAGCUUAUGAGCUUCCCUUGACCUACGCUGCUUUUCCUAAUGCGUGUCUGACUAUGGCUGUCCUCAAAGUCAAAUUCACCAAAACCAAGAGGGACAAAUUGGCUCAGAUCUUAUGGAUCCUCAACUGGGUUUCUGUAGUGAGUGGGAUCAUUCUCUUCAGUCUUGGCCUCUUUCUGAAAAUAGAGAUCAAGAAGCGCAAUGAAGUGAUGGCAAAAGGGGACAUUAACUCUGUCCCCAACAUGCUGAUCUCUGUAGGGGUCAUAGCAUGUAUCAUCAACUUUCUGGGUGGCAAAAUCUGCUAUGACUGCUCAGAUGCAAACAAGUUCUCUCGCUGGAAACUAGUAAUGCUGCCAUACAUCGUAUGUACCUUCUGUUUUACCUUCUGCAUCCUGGUGGGUGCUCUCAUGUGCUAUACCAUGAGGAACGAGCUGGAAGAGUCUCUCUAUCUGGGACUGAGGGAUGCCAUUAAGUUCUAUAAAGACACAGACAUACCUGGACGAUGUUUCUUAAAGAAAACAGUGGAUUUGUUACAAAUUGGAUUCCGUUGCUGUGGAAACAAUGGCUUUAGAGACUGGUUUGAAAUUCAGUGGGUCUCUCCUCGGUAUCUGAAUAUGGCUUCCAAGGAGGUUCUGGACCGUCUGAAGAGCAACGUUGACGGGAAGUUCUUGGUGGAUGGAGUCCCCUUCAGCUGCUGCAAUCCCAGCUCACCACGGCCCUGCAUCCAGUACCAGCUGACAAACAACAGCGCUCACUACAACUACGAUUUCCUCACAGAGGAGCUCAAUAUCUGGAUGAAGGGGUGCAGACAGGCCCUGCUGGAUUACUACACUGGUAUCAUGAGAUCCAUUGGCAUUGCAGCAUUGCUUAUUUGGUUGUUCGAGCUCUCUGUACUCAUUGGUGUCCGGUACCUGCAGACAGCCAUGAAGAAUGUCCUCCUGCUAGGAGAUCUGGAGGGUGAAUCAGAUGGUUGGUUACUAGAAAAUAGUUUUGUGGAAACUGCCAAAUACAACAUCAACAUCAUUAAGAAUCUCGGCAAAGCCAACCAGAUCUCCACUGUCUCAGGCAUGAACGACCCCAACAUUAAUGUUCAAAACACAGACUGUGACAAAACUAAUAUUACAACAAAAUCUAUCCCUGCAGCUAGGUAGGCAAAUCUUCCAAGAAAUGGCAUCAAAAGUGUAGCUUUGCUCUAUUACAGUCCUACAGUCACCAGAUUUUAUCUGGUGGGGAAAAAAAAGUAGAAAAACUAGUAAAUUGAACAAACCAGACUGGUGACAGCUCCA